ACAAGAUGCGUUUAGCAACUUAGCCAUUGUUUCAACUCACCUAAAUAGUCUUUUAGACGGCAAGCCGUAGUCUCGUGCUGCAGUACCGUGCUGUAGCCGGAAGGUAAACAAUGUCCAGGUGGGAGGAGCGUUGAUCAUGACGUGUGUGCGACGACGCGACGAGUUAUGAUCAGAGUUGAUUACAUGUGAAGAAAAAAUGGUUCGUGUUUGUGCAUUUCCGAAUUGUGGCAACAGAAUGAGAAAAUAUAAGAGCUUAAGUUUUCAUCGUCUUCCUUUUCAUGACCCGGAGAUUCUGCAGUUGUGGCUAGUUGUACUAAAACUUGAUGUGCAAACUCCCGUAGAAGUCCUACGCGCUAAAGAUUACCGCAUUUGCAGCGAACAUUUUGACAAGGAUGACUACACACUCUCAACACAGCGGGGCCGUUUGAAGAAAAAUGCCAUUCCGAAGACGGGUGUAACCACUGUGCAGGAGACUGAUGCUGCUGGUGUGCAUCUGAAUGAAUCACAAUUAGCUGGAGUGCCACAGUCAACUCCAAAGAAAGCUCUCCAAAGAGGAAGUGAAUCCAGAUCAAGUCAGUCUGGUCCGUCCUCCUGCCUGACCCUACUUCUCUCUAGUCCAGAGACAUCAACUGUAAGGCCUCGCACAAAGCCUUCACUAACUGGGACAUAUAUCGCCCGACCUCUUUCAUGGGAACAAUCAAUGGGCCAGGAUGCAAUGUCAUCAUAUCUGUCUGUCCCCAACACAGCCAGUGGAGAUUUGGCACAAGACGAUAAAGAACAUUCAACAACGUUGGAUAUGAGCAGAAGCUUUGGGGAAAUGCUUUUAUCCGACGUAAGCUUUUCGCCUUCUAGCGACACUCCAACAUCAACCUCUGGUUCAGGCUCUGGCUCUGGCUCUGGAAAAGAACCGGAACAAGACAGAAAGUGGAUUGUGAAUGAAUCCAGACUAUUAGAACUGUUCAACACAUGCCAGACCUGUGGCUCAGCAGUGGAGAACAAAAGGAUUAUAACCCAUGGAAGCCAAAUCAGAGUUCUUUGGACAUGCUUGAAUGAUCACCCUGGAAGUUGGUCUUCAUGUCCAGACAUUAGAGGGAUGGCAGAAAAUAACCUGCUCAUCAGCGCAUGCACUUUCUUCACAGGAACCACCCAUACCACCAUUUCUGACUGGGCUGAGCUUCUUCAUACCCCAAUUCCGAAGAAAACUCAAUAUUAUUCAAUGCAAUCUGUCUACCUAAUACCAGUCAUCCAACAAGCGUACAUAGAUAGACACGAGAAAUUAAUUGAACGUCUUGUGCAACUUUGUGCCUCAGGACAGAAAGUUGAGCUCUGUGGGGAUGCUAGAAGUGACAGUCCAGGUUUCAGUAGCAAAUACUGUACAUAUUCAUUUCAAGAUGAUGCCACAAAAGAGAUCAUUCAUUUUGAAUUGGUUCAAGUUACAGAAACAACCAGCUCUGUUGCUAUGGAGGUGUUAGGAUUUCAGAGGGGUCUGGAUUACUUGCUUGACAGGGGAGUGGUUGUUGAUGUUGUGACCACUGACAGAUCGCCAUCUGUCCGCAAACUUAUGAAGGACAACUACCCUAGCAUCCAACAUGAAUUUGAUCCCUGGCAUGUGAGCAAAAGUGUGAAGAAGAAACUUGUACUUGUAUCCAAUAAGAAGAACAACAAAGACUUGCAGCCAUGGAUAAAGUCAAUCACUAACCAUCUGUACUGGUCAUGCAGCACAAGCAAAGGUGACAAAGAGGAAUGUGUACGAAGAUGGAAGUCGCUUCUGCACCACAUAUGUGGCAUUCACCGGUGGGAGGAGGAUGGUGCUCAGUACACCUGCAAUCACCCAACUCUGACAGGGGAUGAACAGAGGCGCAAAAAGUGGCUGAGACCAGAUUCAGCAGCUUUUGUGGCACUGAAGGGAGUGAUGUUGGACAAAAAUCUCCUUAGAGACUUGAGGCAGAUGUCACUCUUCAAGCAUACUGGAUCUUUGGAGGUGUACCAUCAGGUCAUGCUGAAAUAUGCUGAGAAGCGACUUCACUACAGUUACGACAGCAUGAGGGCUCGUACCCAACUUGCAGUACUUGACCAUAAUACCAACGUUGGGAGACCACAGGCGAAGACAAUAGAAGGACAACCUCGGUACAAAGCGGUAUAUUCAAGACAGAGUCAGCAAUGGGUUGCAAAACCCAUGUUUGAAAAUACCACACAGGCCUUUCGCCAUGAUCUUGUUGAGCGUGUGCUGAGGAGGAGAGAGGACAAUACUGUUAUCUUCUCUGACACUUUACCCCCUCGUAAACCAGGGCAAAGGAAAUUGCUCCAGAACAUCGCUCCAAUUCCAAGGCCGGACAAGAGUGAUCUGGUCGCUCAUAAAACAUCACGCUUUUGAUCUUUGCAAAACCAUUGUUACACGACCAUGUUUGACAUUUUUUUAAUAUGAAGCAUCCACUGUUCUUUCAUUUAUUGUUGUAAAAUAAAGUUUUGUUUGUAACUGUAAGUAAUACUGCAUUAUUAUUGUUUUAGUAAAAACAUAGGAGCACAAGAACUUUGAUUUACUUACUUUAUUAUAAGGAAUGACAUCAUGAUGACAAUCUUUUUAAAGAAGCACAAU